AUGUACCGGGACCCCCCUGACCAGCGGAGCCGCGUCGCCAUGACUGUCCGCGGGCAGAGCUGCAUCCCCCGAGCAGAGGGCGACCCGGACGUGUGCGGUGGGCGCGGCGGUGAAUGUAGCGGCAGGCUGGGCUGUCCGUCUGCAGGGCGCACGGCCGUGCUGCUGGAGUCUCUCGUCCCCGUGUUGCACCCCCAGCCACCCCCCCACCCCCGCACCCCACACCGCCACCUCUCCGGUGUCCCGAACACUGCAAACAUGUUUCUCAUCGGGAGCGUGCUCGCGCUCUUCCUCUCAGGUGUGUUGCCAUCUUCAGCAUCCAUCUUCCCCUUCCCUCAGUCCCCCACUGACUGUGUCGAGGCUCAUCGAGUGUGCUCCACCGAACCCCGGUGCGAGGCGCUGUACCGGGGCUUGGAGCUGUGUGCGGCCGACGCAGCGGUGUCCCCGCUGGGGGAGCAGGUGGCCGCCGAGUGCCUGGAGGGACAGGACGCUCUGCUGGCUAAGCACCCCGCUCUCCUGGCCUGCAAGUGCCAGCGCGGCUUCCGCAAGGAGGAGCAGUGCCUGCGCAUAUACUGGAGGGUUCGCCUGCUGCCAGGGGAAGAUGAGCUGGAAAUAUCUCCCUAUGACGACACGCUAAUGGAUACUCGCAUGGCCUCCUUAGUGGCUGCGUCAUCUUUCAUGCAACUGGACGGUGAGAACCAGUGCCUGAAGGCAGCACAGGACUGUGGCCUGUACGAGAAGUGUGGCUCUCUGCGAUCAGAGUACGUCCUGGCCUGCACCAAACGGGUGCUCGGGACCAACCGAUGCAACCAGCACAAGUGCCACCGGGGCCUGCGGCGCUUCCUGGAGCGGGUGCCCGAGGAGUACAGCCUGGGUGUCCUCUUCUGCCCCUGCACCGACACCCUGUGUGGUGAGAGGAGGAGGAAAACCAUCGUACCCUCCUGCUCGUACCAGGAGAUGGAGGGUCUGCAGCCGAACUGCCUCCACCAGCAGAGCUUCUGCCGCCGAGACGACCUCUGCAGGUCCAGACUGGCUGAUUUCCUUAAUAACUGCCAGCCAUCUCCUCUGACGCCCAGCGGCUGUCUGAAAGACUCAGCAGGCCUGUGCCUCCGAGCCUACGCUGGACUCAUCGGUACCAUCAUGACGCCCAACUACGUGAGCAACAGCUCGGCAGACGUGUCGCUGUGGUGUAACUGUGAAGGCAGUGGCAACCAGUGGCAGGACUGCCUGAGACUGCAGCGCAUGUUCACCCAAAAUGCCUGUCUGCGUAACUCUAUCAGCUGGAUGGGGAGCCCCGGCUCCCUGCCUGCAGACAUCACGUCCCCUCCGGCUCCCAGACCCUCCCCGCUGGUUCAGAAGGACGAGCUGCUGAGCAACAACCACCUGCCCGAGCACAACAACAUCGUGGUGGAGAGUAAGGAAGAGGACGAACUGACACAGACGGCGCAGGUGAUUGAUGAAGGUGGCCAGUUUGAUGUCAUCCCACUGUACUCGGAGAGGGCCACCGUCUCCAACCUGGGCUCCCCCGGGACAGGCGGGGCCACAUUCCUCACCGCCGGCCCUCCUGAAGUCAUCCUACUGCUCCUUCUGCUAUCUGCCUCCCUCAGCUGGGGGUAG